AUUGUUAACCCUGAGUGGGACACGAACAACGUAGCCACGCACUCCAUCAAUUCGAUCGAGCAAAUUAACAAAGCGCGCGGCACCUUCUACCUAGCCACCCACCUACCCAGCAGCUAGCCAUGGGGUCGCUGCCGCCGGCGGAGCAGCCGCCGCCGCACGCGGUGAUGAUCCCGUACCCGGCGCAGGGCCACGUCACGCCCAUGCUGCAGCUGGCCAAGCUCCUCCACGCGCGGGGCUUCCACGUCACCUUCGUCAACAACGAGUUCAACCACCGCCGCCACCUCCGCGCGCGGGGGCCCGCCGCGCUCGACGGCGCCCCCGGGUUCCGCUUCGCCGCCAUCGACGACGGCCUCCCGCCCUGCGAAGCCGACGCCACCCAGGACGUCCCGGCGCUCUGCCGCUCCACCAUGACCACCUGCCUGCCCCGCUUCAGGGACCUCGUCGCCGGGCUCGACGCCGAGGCCGCCCGCGACGGCCGCCCGCGCGUCACCUGCGUCGUCGCCGACAGCACCAUGACGUUCGCGCUCCGCGCCGCGCGGGAGCUCGGCCUCCGCGCCGCCACGCUCUGGACCGCCAGCGCCUGCGGCUUCCUCACCUACUACCACUACCGCCACCUCGUCGACCGCGGCCUCGUCCCGCUCAGGGACGAGGCGCAGCUCGCCGACGGCUACCUCGACACCGUCGUCGACUGGGUCCCCGGCGCGCCCGCGGACCUGCGCCUCCGCGACUUCCCCAGCUUCGUGCGCACCACGGACCCCGACGACGUCAUGCUCAACUUCUUCAUCCACGAGACCGCCGGCAUGUCGCAGGCGUCGGCCGUCGUCAUCAACACCUUCGACGAGCUCGACGCCACGCUGCUCGACGCCAUGGCCAAGCUCCUGCCGGCGCCCGUCUACACCGUGGGCCCGCUCCCGCUGACGGUGCGGAACAACGUUCCGGCGGGGAGCCCGGUCGCCGCCAUCGGGUCCAACCUGUGGAAGGAGCAGGACGCGCCGCUCCGGUGGCUGGACGGCCGCCCGCCGCGCUCCGUCGUGUACGUCAACUUCGGGAGCAUCACGGUGAUGUCCAAGGAGGAGCUGGCCGAGUUCGCGUGGGGCCUCGCCGGCACCGGCUACGCCUUCCUCUGGAACGUGCGCCCGGACCUCGUCAAGGGCGGCGGCGACUCAGCCGGGCUGCCGCCGGAGUUCGCGGCGGCCACGGAGGGCCGGAGCAUGCUGUCGACGUGGUGCCCGCAGGCGGCGGUGCUGGAGCACGACGCCGUGGGGGUGUUCCUCACGCACUCCGGCUGGAACUCCACGCUGGAGAGCAUCUGCGGCGGCGUGCCCAUGGUGUGCUGGCCCUUCUUCGCCGAGCAGCAGACCAACUGCCGCUUCAAGUGCACAGAGUGGGGCAUCGGGAUGGAGAUCGGCGGCGACGUCAAGCGCGUCGAGGUGGAGGCGCUCAUCCGGGAGGCCAUGGAGGGGAAGAAGGGGAGGGAGAUGCGCCGCCGCGUGGCCGAGCUCAGGGACAGCGCCGUGGCGGCGGCGAGCCCCGGCGGCCGGUCCAUGCGCAACGUCGACAGGCUCAUCGACGAGGUGCUCCUAGCUUGAACGCUCAUCAACACGCUACUGAACGUUGCCCCGUGUUCGUUAUUGGCCUCUUGUUGAUUGGCGGCUGCCGCGCUAGCUUGAUAUCCAUUAUCUCUGUGAGCUGAAUGCGAUUGCGAUAUAUCAGUUUGAGGUGAUAGUGAUAUAAGUUUGGGUUCUUUUUGGCUCGAAUUUAUACGGAGUUUAUGUGCUUGUGCUCCACCUCAUGCAAAUAUAUCUAGUUUCUUGUAUAAUUAUUAAAGAAAGUGUUUUGCAUCCUGUAA